AUCAGCCUCAACCGGGCAGCCAACGACCCGACCCAGGAACGAUUGCCAUCGCUGCCCCUUUUUCGAAUUUUACGCGUCACAAUCAAUCUGGCUUAGUGGUCAACCAAUCUCCCUCCCACAUCUCCAGACGACCCUUAAAACCCUACGGCACGAGCCGCGACCGAGAACCUCCCACUAAUCGACUCGGACGCCUUGCAUUCCCGCUAGCCGUCGACACUUGCGCGGACCUCGAACCUGACAUCGCUUUCCAGGUCGAGAUUCGGGCAAACAAACACACUCGCUCUCCGACGACUUUCCAGCGAUUGCCGGCUCACCUUCGACUCCUCGCCCAAGAUGGCGGUCGCCCGGCCAGUCCGGGCUCUGGCCUUAGCGGCCGUGAUGCUUUGGUGCUUCUUUUUGUACCAAAUUUUUGGCCCCGAGAGACCGAUAAGCCAGAAGCCAGUGCGCUAUGACAAUGGACGGGAUCCCAACCUCGAUCCUACCGGCGAGCCUCAAGGUAUUCUAACGUACGCCUCCGACGAUAAGUACGCUCCUGAUGCCAAGGACUCUGCGCGCAUCAACGCGACGCUGCUUGCACUCGUCAGGAACGAGGAGUUGGAUGGAAUGAUUCAGUCGAUGGUCGACCUCGAGCGGACCUGGAACCACAAGUUCAACUAUCCUUGGACAUUUUUCAAUGAGGUGCCUUUCACCGACGAGUUCAAGAGAAGGACCCAGGCUGCCACCAAGGCCGAAUGUAGAUACGAGCUAAUUCCCAAGGAACACUGGGAGAUGCCGUCAUGGAUCAACAAGGAUCUUUACGAGGAAUCCGUCAAGAUCCUCAAAGAAAACGACAUUCAAUACGCUGACAAGGUCUCGUACCACUCAAUGUGCCGCUGGAACAGUGGAAUGUUUUACAGACACCCGGCCUUGCAGCACACCAAGUACUACUGGCGCGUUGAACCCAAGGUUCACUUCUUCUGUGACAUCGAUUACGACGUCUUCCGAUACAUGCAAGACAACAACAAGACGUACGGGUUUACCAUUAACCUGUACGAUGCACCCAUGUCGAUCCCGACGCUGUGGCCCGAGACGGUCAAGUUCCUUGCACAACACCCCGAGUACCUUCACGAGAAUAAUGCAAUGGACUGGCUCACCGACAAGACUGGUCGGCCUGAGAACAACGUCAACGCACACGGCUACUCGACCUGCCACUUCUGGAGCAACUUUGAGAUUGCCGACAUUGACUUUUGGCGCAGCCAGGCGUACGAGGACUACUUCCAACACCUGGACCGCGCUGGAGGUUUCUUCUACGAGAGAUGGGGCGAUGCUCCCGUUCACAGCAUUGCUCUGGGUCUUUUCGAGGACAAGUCCAAGAUUCAUUGGUUCCGUGAUAUCGGAUACCAGCACAUCCCGUUUUUCAACUGUCCCAACUCGAACAAGUGCAAGGGCUGCGUGACCGGCCGCUUUACUGACGGUGAGGCUUGGCUGCACAAAGACGAUUGCCGCCCGAAUUGGUUCAAAUACGUCGGCAUGGACUAAUUGAACGACGUAUCGGCGAGGCACGGCUGCUGUUCAUGUAAUUUUGUUUGGUUGGCACCAAUUGGGAAUUUCCAGGAGGCAUCUGGGUACAAUGGUGUUGGGCGUCUGCGGAACAUCCAUACGUGUGUACAGUACCACGGGGUCAGAGACGGACAUGACUCUGUAUGAUUUGAGAAGAUUUUGGUCGAAGAAAUAGACGUCUUUACGACGCGA